AAUUUCGGAUUACAAUUUGAUGUGGUGGUGUUUCUGUUUUGUGGUUACUUCUUCAAUGAUUGUAUUUCUUACUGAUAAAUUUGGUGUCUCGUGUAAUUAGUGUGUUUACGCUUAUUGCUAGUCAUCGUACUACAGUAUGUAAAUAGACAAUAAUUUUCUCUUUCUGUCUUCAACUGAUUUUGUAUCCGUAGGAUAACCGAGCCUAACAAUGUCUGGUUUUUGGAACCCUGAUGAUCCAUCGGGACACAACUAUGGAAGUGGAUAUCAACCUAAUUUUCAAUAUAAUAAUGAUGAAAUGGUGUUGAAUACUGACCAGUUUACAUUCCACGAGACAAAUUACGAUAGCAGCAAAGGCGAAUACGAGUAUGCUCAAUACAACCAACCUAACCAACAAAUGCCAAGUCAACCCAUGUACACUGGAAGUUUUUAUGAUCCUAAUGCCCAUGACUUACCUCCAACGAUGGGUGGCAAUGAAUUUGAUGAUGAACCACCUUUAUUAGAAGAGCUUGGCAUCGACCCCGAUCAAAUUGGAAAAAAGAUUUUGGUGGUCUUAGAUCCAUUUACAUCAACUGUACCUAUCGGAGAUUAUGAUCUUGCUGGUCCUCUGGCUUUUUGCAUAUUAUUGGCUGGAUUUUUGCUAUUAUCAGGUGGAACUGCUCACUUUGGAUAUGUCUACAGCUUAGCAAUGACAAGUUGUUUCAUGAUGUACGCUCUUCUGAACUUAAUGACCACUAGUGCGGGAUUUACGCUAACAUCUGUGGCAUCAGUUCUUGGGUAUGCCUUAUUACCUGUUGUGGUUCUCUCGGGAGUGGGAGUGUUGUUCAAUCUACAGAAUGUUUAUGGACUUGUUAUGGCAGCAGUUGCUGUUGCGUGGUCUAGCUUAGCUGCAUCUAGAUUAUUUGUCACAAUUUCUGCAGAUAGAGGGCAAAGGCCAUUGAUUGCGUAUCCUUGCAUUUUGUUGUAUGCAGUUUUUACUUUGCUAGUUAUUUUUUAAGUCUUUAAAAAGGGAUUGAUCUUUUCAUAUCUAACUUAUUCAAAAAGAACUAGCCUACAUACGUUAUGUAUAACAUAUUUAUUUUUUUCAAGUUAAAACUUGUCCUGAGCUUUAUUUGUGUAUCAGCUUUUAUUUAAAGUAGCUUAAAAUGUUUUAAUAUAGGCCAGUUAACUUAACUUAAAAUCAAUUUGUUGUACUCUUGAGUUAGGCCUAAAGACAAUUCAUAUCUAUUGUGCUUAUCAUUCGUCAUUUUUAAUCAUGUAAAUAUACGCAACUGUCAAAUAA